AUGAGAGAAACUCAAACGUCCUUCGUGUGGUUUGCUCUACUGGGAUUUGCAAGAUCAGUCGUUUCAGAGAAGGCUGAUUGCGGAGAUGGGCUCGAGUUGAAUGCGCUACAAGGUGUUGAGUCCACCUUCAGCAUCCCGGUUAAGAAACCUUGUUCAGCUGCCCUGAUCACAUUCAGCGAUGGUACAGAUUCGAUGCUAGACCCUCGAACCAAUACUUCGUGCCAUAAUCCGACUUCGGAAGCUCAAACAUUCGCUACUGUCAUUGGCUCGGACGCCCCAGAGGGUAUCGCAACGCUCACCUUUCAAUGCAGUGAGCAGGUCUACUGCAUGUCAAUCAAUGUAGCGGAAGGGAAUGGUUCGGACUCACAAACGUCCAUCCGCAGCGUUUGUGCAAAUUUGACGAAUCCAAGUCACGAGUCUUCGGGCGCGGCUACUGGCGCAACCCAGGUGCCUAAAGUCAGCGAUGAACCGGCCCAUCAGGGAAGCACCCUAACUUCACAGAGCGAUUUAAGCAUCACAACAACCUCGCCAAGUGGUUCGAACGGUCUUGGUACCUCACUUGGAGCAGGUGUGCUGGGUAAUGCGACCUAUGCUACCGGUCUCGACAGCAUUGGUCUUAGCCAAUCAGCUUCCCAGACUCUCUUUGGUAUGUCCGCCGGAACAACGCCCACCACAAGCUCAACAUGGGCCGCAUCUCCAUCAAGGACUUCGAACGUGUCCAUCUUCCAGACAACCAUGGUAUCACUGUAUAGGACUGAUACCAUCAUGCCUGCAACAACAACAGCGCCUCCAGAUGACGCUGAUGCCAUCACGUCCAAGUCCGCUACUACACUGAACGAUGACAACUCAACUGAAAAGGGUACAGACAUCCAGCUGCCAUAUGGAAACCAAUCUCGCGAAUCAAAAUCCUCGUCAGACCCUACAGUACAGCCCAUUACAGCGUAUCCUCUCCAGAACGACACUAGAACAACUUCCUCUACUCAGGCAGCAAGUCAAGAUCCUUCAACAUGCGCUUGUUACCCACUCCCCACUUUCUGA